UUAGUUACCGCUUAGCACUUGUAAACAGUGGACAUUAGUUUAAGACGAUCUGUGUAAAACCUGCGUAUGAGCAUAGUUUUUGAACAUUUUGAUUCUGGAAUGAUAAGAUCAUUGUUUAGCGUACGUUUUAUUGCUUAAAAUUCAUUUAGUUAGGAACAGACUAUGGGUAAAUCAAAGAAUUUACUUGAAAACGAAAGGGAACAAAUCGUAAGGCUGCGAAAACAAAGUAAAAGCUUCACCGAGAUAGCAAAUAUAGCGGGCAGGUCAGAAACGGCUUCUAAGCAAGCGUGGUAUAAAUUUUCAAAGGCAGGCAUGUAUUGCGAUCGACCGAAAAACGGAAGACCACGUAAAACAACGCCGAAAAUGGAUCGCCGGAUUAAUCGAUCGAGCGAAAAGGAUCGUUUUCGUAGUGCAAAUAACGUUGCUGCGGAGAUCAACUACAAGAAUCAUACACAAAUUAGUGCUAGAACUGUUAGGAGAAGGUUAGAUGACUUUGACUUAAGUGGGCGAAAACCCCAAAAGAAACCACUGCUGAGUUCUAGGAAUCGAAAAAGACAACUUGCGUUUGCUAAAGCUCAUAAGCAUUGGACAAGUGAAAGGUAUCGUUUUCGGAAGAAUCGAAAUUCAAUCGCGUUUCUUCUGACAGGAUACGGUAUGUUAAACAUCGAAUUGGCGAAAAUUCGAAAACACAGUGCGUUUUAAAAAUUCUUGAACAUGGUGGUGGGAACAUUAUGGCGUGGGUGUGUUAUAAACCGAAAAAUUUAAAUGAACUUUACUCUACAAUUGAAACAGCUUGGAGUAAUAUUACGGUAGAUCGAUGUUUAAAAAUUAAUAGAUUCUAUGCCAAGAAGAAG